UCUCUGCCAUGACAACUGCAAGCGCUACUUUGAACUCAACGGCGGGGAACACGCGCACUUCCUGGAAACUAAGUGAAAUAUUCACAAAAACAUUACAUUACAGUGCACUGUAACGUUUAAUCAUAUUUAAUUGACCGUUUUUCUGUUAAAUUGGAGGUUUUUUAAUAUGAACCUGUGGAGAGCAGAGAGGUUGAACGCGCCGUCGGACUUCAUGAAAGCGCCUGACGGAGCAUCUGUACAUAAACCCACUUCUUCUCUGAUGACACCUGCUCAGUUUACUGGGGGUCCUGUGACCUUGCCCACAGCUCCACGUACCACACCCAUCCAAGCUCUGCCAUCUUCCACAGCUCCUCAAACUACACCUUUCAGAGUGCCACCCCCUGCUAAGUUCAGUGUAGAGGGGUUUGGCUGGACUGAGACCGCUGGCGUGGAAUCAAGGGUCUCCAUCCAUCACAAACAACAGAGCGAGGAACUUUUACAGCAGCGGUCUGACCCCAGACUGUCAGAAGAUGAGAGGAGCAGCUCAAAACCCCUGCUGCAAGAGAUUGAAAGGUUAAGAGAAGAGAAGGAAUUGUUGAGAGGAGAGAUGGAGCGUCUGCGAGGAAGAGUGGAGUGUCUGAGAGAGCAGAUCAGAGACCAGCAAAGCCAAAUAAAUGGACAGUGUAUAGAGCGUGAUGCAUUACAUGAUGAACUGAAGAGUUGCAAGGCUGAACUCAGUAUGAGUCAAGAUCAGCUUUCGGCCCUAAAAAAAGAGUGUGAAUUAAAACGUCAAUGUUUGGAGAAGGAGUUACAGGACUCAAAGGAGGUGACAGAGAGACUGCAACAAAAACUAGAGGAACAGAGCAUGACUGGCGAUGCUGCAUAUGAAGUGACCUCUCUGAGGGACCAAUUGCAGGAAGUGACAUCAGAGAGAGAUGAGUUGAGGAAUCAGCUGAGUGCUCUGAACAGCUCGCUGUUGGAACAGUCAGAGUGUAUGCAGAAAAUGCGAACAUAUAUUGGCAGCAACAUCAAAGAGAGAAAAGAAGAAGAAGAGCUUAGACAACAGAUACAGCAUUUGGAGAAGGAAAAGGAAGCCCUUUCUCUGUCUGUGCAGCUGUUGAAUGUCCGAGUGAAUGCAGCCAAUGAUAUUCUGGCCAUUCAAGAGAAAGAGCUCUGCGAACAGUUGCAGUCUGAUCCAUUGUACUCUGGCAGUAAGGCUGGGCAGAUGUUGAGUGUUUGGAGACAGAAGGUUUUCACGCUGCUUGUUAAAUUACAGACCAGAGACUUUCAGCUCCACACAGAGAAAACACAGCUACGUGACAUGGUUUCCGCUCUACAGCAAGAAGCUGAGUGUUUGAAGUCACAGAACAAUGUACUGCAGCACCACCUAGAGGACAAAACAGCUCAGCUGGAGCUUCAGCAUGUACAUGCUCAGGGAGUACAGCAGCAGUUGGCCAUUGCUGUACAGGAGUAUGCUCAGCUGAAAGAGCAGAAUAAGAACACAGAGGGAUCACUGUUUGAUAUCAGCGAAACCGCACACAGGGUGAUGUCAGCUGUAGAAAUAAAGGCAGGUCAGAUGGAAGCAGUUCAGUCCAGUGUAAGUCAGCUGAAUCAGAGACUUGCAUUUGCUGCCAAACGACUGGACACAGUACAUGGGCUGCUCUUGAGGAGAGAAGCUCUGUGGAAAACCAGACAAGCUACAAGAUCUCCAGAGCCAGCAGUUUCGAAGAGCUUGGUUAAGAGUCUCCAGACUGAGGUUGCGCUGUUGAGCGCGGAGAGAGAUAAACUCACACAGGAGCUCAAACGUACGCCAGAACUCAUCCAGGCCUCUCUGUCAGAGCUACAGAAGCAGCGAGAGAGAGAGGUCGGACAUCUGAAGGAGGCUCUGUCACACAGCAAGGAGGAGUUGGAGGCAUCAGAAUUGAGCCGAAUGGAGAUUCAGAGACAAUGUGAGGAGCAGGAGAGGACCAUUGCGGAGGUCCGAACUGAGGCCCAGAGACUACAGCAACAGUGUGACUCAGUGUUUCACAGGGUAUCAGAAGUUGAGAGUGUUUGUGCAGAGAAGGUCAGUGAAAUGGAGGCACAGCUCAACACAGCAAGAAGAGAGCACACAAAAGCAGUGGUUGCUUUGCGACAGAUACAGAGGCAGGUGGAAAGAGAGAAAGAGCACAUGAAAGAGGCAGAGAAAGAAAGAACAGAACACACACACACACAGAUUGCGCAUCUGCAGAAACGUCUAAAAGACAAGGACAAAGACCGCAACCUUCUCCUGGCAGUUGUUCAGGAACAGGGUUUGAUGAACGAAUAUAAGAGACUGAGAAGAUCAGCCAUCCAGACGACUGAAACCUUAAAACAAGAACAUCAUCAUCAGUCUGAGAGCAGCAAUCCUAUAGCACCUCAAAGUCUGCUGGGGGCACUGCAGGCUCUUAGUGCUGCAGUGAUGGGCAGCUCAGAGGAAGAGGAUGAUGAGGAAGGUCAGGCCUCCAAUGAGACACAAACACCCUCUUGUGCUGACACACAUAAAGUGUUGUGCUGAACACACCAAUCAAUUUUCUCUCACACAUUUUUUUGCAGGUCUGUUCCACCCCUCUCAUGGGGUUUGAUGUCUGUUUUAUAAUUUAAUAAAGGAGAUUAUUGUAAAAUGGGGUUGGCAGAUCUUAAACUCAGAUGGCUUGCAUGAUUACAAAUGUCUGUAUUUAUUGGUUUAUAUUUAAUAUUUAUUGACUAUUAGCAUCCCAGCUCCUUGAGAUCAGAUUAAUUUUGGUAAGGGUAUUAGAAGCUGCCAUUGGUCAGUUUAAAUAAGAUGGUGUGGAUGAUGUUGCUAAAAUAUCUUGUCAUGCUAUCGAAUUGAUAUUGCUCAGAACCGUUGAAACAAUUGAAAAAACUGGAGGAGGCAUAGAUCUUUAAAAGGUGAUGGGAAAAAUGUAGAGAUGUAUAAAGAUGGGCAGGGACUCAGCUGAACUCAUAAAGGCUUUUGAACAUAAUCCAAUUAAUCUCUUUAAUAUGUCAUCCCUAAUGUUAAACAUUUUGAGGCAAUUCAAACCAGUUGUCAGUAUAGUCAUGGCUAAAAGCCGCUAUUCGGCACAAUGCGUUACUACAUAGUGAAAGCAAACUUUAAUUUAAACAUUAUUUUAUCAAAUGUAUUAAGUGCUAUUCUUCUGUUAGAAGAUAUGGUCCUUUAUAUGUAAACCUAUCUAAUUUAUAUAUAGGUGCUCAUAUGGUAAAUAGGGUUAUUCCGAUACUAAAAUUUUGGCUUCAGAACAGUACCAGCCCUGAUACCUCGGUAUCAAUACUAAAUUGAUACUUGGGCAAAUAAAUGGCCUCAGAUUAUUGAUGAAAGUACACAGAAAGGACUUGAUUAAAACAACUGCAUGAAGUUUUGCAGUUACAAAUACUGUUUUUCCAUUUAAAUUUUUCUGGAUUCCUGAUUUUAUCAAAACAGUGUUCAAACAAAUUAAUACAUAAAACUGUAAUCAAAUGAAAAUUAAAUGAAAAAAUUGCAGUUUUGUUUUUUUGUCCAAUAAAAUGCAGCACUACAGAGCUUCAAAGUAUAAAUGAAAGAUUAAUGAAGAAAUCUGAUUACCUGUGGCACAAAGUUGCAACGGCUGAAUCACAGCCUUCUCCUAUUCAGUUCACUUGCUUUUGUGA